UUUUUUUUCUGUGUCUUUGCACACACCCACCGCCAGCGCAUCCUCCAAAAAACGCCGCUUUUCGCCUGACUGGGCUCAUUACGCGAAGAGGAAGAGGAGGAGGAGGACGGCUACUCUUCUCUGUCCCGACAGCUGCCGCUUCAUUUCUCCACCGCCUCGGAGCAGCUCGGUCCUCCCUCUCUCCAGCUCUGAGGUUAAACCGUCGGGGUUUGUUGUUAUUUUUUAAAGAAGUGCCAACAUUUCUUCGGGUCCUCACCCUCCGGGCGGUGAAGAGUGAAGUUUGAACGCCGGCAGCUGCUCCGGUGACGGCGGAUACGAGGUUUCGCAAGCAACCCCACGCCCCGUUGCUUUUUUUUUUCUCUCGCGUGAAACGAUUUGUUUCCGAGUUACCUUCGACUUCAGUGAAGUUAUCUUUUUUUUUUUUUGUUGGGGUGGUGUUAGUCUUCGUCCGGCAUCAUGACCCGGAGAUCGUGUGCCAUUUACGCCACCGGCAUCGUCUGCGCCCACCUCCUGAUCGUGGGGAUCGCCCUGGUCGUGGCUCAAGUCUUCCAAACAAUGAUCCACAGCCGGUUAAAAAAGGAAAUCACGUUGACGGAGAAGAGCCAAGUGUUUGAGUCCUGGAAAAAUCCACCUCCACCUGUUUACAUGGAGUACUACUUCUUCAAUGUGACCAACCCAGAGGUGUUCUUAGCAGGCGGGAAAGCAUCUGUUAAACAGAUCGGCCCUUAUACGUACAGGGAAUACAGGCCACGAGAAAAUGUUACAUUCUUGGAAAACGGAACCAAGCUUUACGCCCUGAACCCCAAGACGUUCGUCUUUGUGCCUGAGAAGUCUGCUGGUAACCCUGAGGUCGACAUCGUCUGCACCGUCAACAUCCCAUUUGUGGCGAUAAUGAACGAACUGAGCUCCUAUUCCUUUUUCCUGCGAACUGUUGUUUCCAUGUACAUCAACAGCCUGGGAGUUGAACUGUUCAUGAACCGCACAGUCCACGAAGUCCUGUGGGGCUUCAAAGACCCCCUGCUCACCAAAGUCCACUCCAUGAAGCCAGACGUGGAUGAAAUGUUCGGGCUGAUGUGGAAGAAAAAUGGCACACACGAGGGAGAGUUUGUCUUCCACACGGGCGAGCAGAACUACUUGGAUUACGGCAAAAUCGACACAUGGAAUGGUCUGAGGCAAAUGUCUUGGUGGUCGUCCAAUCAGAGCAACAUGAUCAACGGAACAGACGGUGCCGUCUUCCACCCGCUGAUAAACAGGAACGAACUGCUCUACAUCUUCGCUGCGGAUCUCUGUCGCUCUAUUCACCUAGCUUACGUGGAGGACGUGGAGGUGAAAGGGAUCCAAGCCUACCGCUUCGCCCCCCCCAGUGACGUCCUCAUGAGCCCCAAAGACAACCCCACCAACGCGGGCUUCUGUGUGCCAGCCGGAGACUGCCUCGGCACGGGGGUGCUCAAAGUCAGCGUUUGUCGCGAAGGUGCUCCCAUCGUGGUUUCCUUCCCCCACUUUUAUCAAGCAGACCCAAUGUACAUAAAUGCUGUCGAUGGGCUCAGCCCCAACAAGGAAGAGCACGAGACCUACCUGGACUUGCAGCCGACAACAGGGGUCCCCAUUCGUGCCUGCAAGAGAGCACAGCUCAAUAUCAUUCUGAAGAGGGUCCAAGGUUUCCCAAAAACCAAGUACAUCAACGAGACCAUUUUCCCCAUCAUGUUCGUCAAUGAGACGGCGACCAUUGACGAUGACUCGGCAGCUCAGAUGAGAACACUGCUGCUAAUUGUGACAGCCGUGUCAAAUUUCCCCUUGCUCAUCGUGGGCAUGGGCAUCAUUCUGCUGAUGGUGCUUGUCGUCUUGUUCUGCCGAAACCGCCAGAAGAAGAAUGAAGUAAAACGUAUUGAUUUUACUGAGGCUUUUCAUUCUUUUACUACGGCAAAAGACGACACGGCCUACACUCAGGUCAGCGACAAACCCGAGGAGUCGUCAGAAACGCCGGCCAACCAGCCGAUGAGGAACGGCUCCUACAUCGCCAUGUCUCCGGUGGAGGCACAGAAGUGUUGAUCAAGGGUUCCGCUCCUUUUGUGUGGCGCUCAGGAAGGAGACGGAGGGAGCAGCGCGGGGGUGUUACGUUACCACGGGCGGG